AGAGUCCAGAAAUCCAAACGCAAGUCGAAAAUCUUCCAGUCCAUCGAAUUUGCACUUGAGAUCAGAGUUGCUAAUGUCUCCAAAGAGACAAGUUGUAAAAAGUGCAAACAAUUGAAUAAAUUGCCAUAAAUAACUAGUAUAAUGUGUGUGCUAUUGAAAAAACGUGCUAAACGGCAUAAAAUGCUAAAAGCUGUUAUCCAAUAGAGAAAAAUUCCGAUACACCACGUCUCUCCCUCUCUCUCUGUUCAGCACGCACCCGCCCGCACCUGACACCUCCUUCACGGUCGUCUGCGCCAAGUCAAAAAUCCAACAUAUACUAACCCAAAUCCAUAGUGCAAAAAAAUGAAACAAUAGCCAACGCACAUGCCGUUGUAAACAAUUAAUGAAGGCGCAGAUAACAACAAUUAAAAUUUGUAGUUAUAGCAUAUAUGUUUAAAAGUGUGUGCAGCACUGAACGUGUUUCGCAAACAGUAACCAAAUCGUGGCGUCGUUUUUCAUAUUGUGCCAAAAGAAAGAAAAACGAAAGAAAACAAAAACAACAAAGCUACAGAACGCACCACCACCACCACCAACAACAACUCCACCACCAACAACAACAACAAAUCAACUCAAACGGACAACAAUAAAAAACAGUACGAGUUCUCCAAAAGAUCUGCAGCCAUCAUCAUCAUCAUCAUCUUCUUCAUCGUGUAAUCUUCAAGCCACCGUUCUACAUUCUGUUGUUGGUGUUGUUGUUGUUGUUGUUGUUGUUGUCAUUCGUUUUCGAAAGUUUGUGCAGCAGCAGGCUCUGAAUGUCUUUAUGCUUUAAUCAUGGUGUAUUUAGCCACCAUCAAGAACAACACCGACACUAUACGCUGCUAUAUUAGAAUCUUUCUGAUUACAAAUCAUGACAGAAGGACAUGAAAGCGACUUCUUAGUUACAGUACGCGCACAGGUAAUGACCAGAGACGAAAGCACCGAGGGCUGGCUACCGCUGGCCGGGGGUGGUCUGGCAAAUGUUUCGAUACGGAAACGUGCUAGAUUAUCCCCAUUGGCAUCGGGUCAUGACUACAUCAUCUAUGGGCAAAGAAUCUCUGAUCAAAGUGUUAUCUUAAGCUGUGUCAUCAAUCGGGAUCUGAAGUAUUACAAAGUAAUGCCAACAUUUCAUCACUGGCGUGCUGGAAAACAACGCAAUGGUCUAACAUUUCAAACAGCAGCCGAUGCACGCGCCUUUGAUAAGGGCGUGUUGCGCGCCUAUAAUGAACUAAUUGAUGGACUGGCCAAAUCAAAUCCCACUAUAAUAUGCCCACCAUUGACCAAAUAUGAUUCGGUUGGUGAAGAUGAUGUAUUCAUGACCCUGGACUUACCUGUGGAGAGCGAAAGUUUACAAAAGAUACAUUCAAGCCCCGAAGGCAGCGAAAAAAGUCACAAAAGCGUAAGCGAACGCCACAAGGAUAGUUAUAGCAACAAUUCCGAUUCGGAGAAACUACCAGCGGCGACCAUACACUACAUAUCGACGGACAAAACAUCAACGGCUCCGGGUAGCGUCAGCAAUAAUGCCGGCGUCUCAACAGAUGUCCCGCCGCCGCCUGCAGGCCAGAUAGCGCCCAGCGAGAACUAUUCAUACGUAACGCUGACCGCUGUGCAUCAUGACUAUAACUAUCCGGUGGUGGAGCAACCGGUGGGUGUACAGGUGUUGAAUGCGCGACGCGAGUCCAUCACUGCUCUGAAGAAACGUAAUGCCCUGGAGGCGGCACAAGCGAUGGUUGCCGCACAGACGUCAGCGGGAACGGGAGCUAGCAAACCGUUGCAUAAGCCAAAUGUGUCGGAUAUACUCAAGAAGGAGACGCGCUUGCGUUGCCGCUAUUGUCAUGAACUGUACAGUGAGGAUUUCAAUAGACGCGGCGCUUGUGAAUAUGCUCCAGAUCCGUUUCGCAGCGGGUACGAGUGUAUGUCGGGCAUGGGAUGUGCACGCUGUAUGAUUUAUCAUUGCAUGAGCGAUGCGGAAGGUGAAACGGCACAGCAUCCGUGCGAUUGUAGCGUUAGCGAGGCGGGCUGCACCAAGCGUUGGUUGGGCCUGGCGCUGCUGUCUCUGUUCGUGCCCUGCCUGUGGUGCUAUCCGCCGCUGCGUGCAUGCCAUUUGUUGGGCAUACACUGUGGCAUUUGCGGUGGACGACAUAAACCGCAUGUCUGACAUUUGGAGGCAAGAUUGCAAGGACAGUACGAUGACGACCCCAGCACCAGGCCCAGAACCGAGCACCACCCGCAACCCGAUGAGCAAAACUACAAACGUCAGCUGCUGCGACUCAAACAGCGACAGUCGCAGUCCCAGCCGCAGCCGCAGAGGCAUUUCUACAACUGGGAACUGUCACACAGUCUCGGCGCUCCCCAACAACAGCCGCCGCAACCGCCGUACCUGAUGCAGCCACGCAGCAGCCAGGCAGCCCAGAAUGACUAUGGACGGUUGAUGUUCUAACCACAACGACAAAUGUUGAUGUUGCCGUAGCUGUUGCUGUUGCCCCUGUUGUCUUCAGUUUUAGUUGCCAGUUUUUGCUUGUGUUCCCAUCGUUUUGUAACUCCAUUUAAUUUGCCAUAAUUUAUUGUAUAUACAUCAGUAGAGCAGAUAACGCACUUCCAAGUACAUAAAUACAUA